AUGGUACAGCCGAAGCAGCCGCCUAGAAAAAUCUAUGCGGGCAUUGGAGAUUUGGAGGAGUUUAUGGAGAAAGCGAGUCCACGUACGAAAGCCCUGUUGAGAAAAGAGUGUAGUGUGAUGCUACAGUGCAGGUGCUGCACGAACAUCUUCCGCUGUGUCUCUAAUUUCGUACUACAUAAGCUGAAAUACUGCCAAAAUGAGUACGCCAAUACUUGCAAACCAAUCGUGCGCUCUGUUGUUAGAGCCGUUGACGCAAAACAGCAUUCCAACCCCACCUCAAGAGGGGAGUUUACUUCAGUUACAACUAAGUACCAUGGGCUGCCAGUUAGCUCCUUGAGACAUCAGAGUCUGAAGACAUUCGUACCUAUCCGACGGACUAACAUUGUACGCUGUUUGAUGAACAAAGCUUCUUUAGAUGAAGCGAUUUUGGCCGGAAAUGUGGAAACGACAGAUCUAACCACUCUUCCUAGAUUUCGCAGACAAGUCACUGUGCUUCCAUCAAAGGAUGGUCACACAGCGUGUUACGUCGAAGCUCCUCAGGUCACUGUGAAAGAGCCCGAUCCAGAUAAGGUACUCUUGGUGGUUCCUCAGGAUCUUUCAGUGCAAUAUCGUAACAUGAGCCUCAGAAGACGUAUGGCGCAACCUGUUGCGAGGAAGGUUACCAUCGAUGAAGCACAAUGUGUGGAUCGUAUGAAUAUGUUCGUUGACAUAGACCCAAAUGAGUGUCGUUGCCUGGAUUCGAAAUGCAGUGAAAUACGUCCGUUCAAGGAUAUUUUCGUACUAGCUUAUCAUGUUUCCGUGAAGCACUGUUGCAAGAUUCCUCCACGCAAUGUCUUGCCCUGCAUGAUGUGUGCGAAAAAUUUUGUUACAUGGGAAACGUAUUACGCUCAUAUACUGAAGAAACAUGACAAGGUACGAAAGUCUCAUCAGCUUUUUCGCGAGAACGAGGUGAAGAAACGUGGAAGAAAACCGAAAAGCAGCGACAGGUGCGGCAGAAGCAUGAGUCCGAUUGCUAACGGUAGAAGUCGUGAUAAACAGGACGCUGAAGCAGAAAAAAGUGCAGCUGUUCGGAAUGCGGUGAAGUCUGUGCUAAACAGUGCAAUCGAGAAUGCUAUUGUAUCGAAUAGGAACUUGGUGGAUGCCAAAAACAUGGCUGAGUUUUGCAAAGGACGUUUCAAAGCACAAGGAAAAAAACUUGAUAGUGUAAUCACGAAGCUUCUGGAGAGAAACUUACAUCUCAAUCAGAAUCGCACAGGAGUGAAACGAAAUGGGUCAGUGACUCGACAAUACAGUGAGGCUAUACCUUUCAAAAACAAGCAAAUUUCGUCCGACACUGAGUAUUCUGCUGAGAAAAGAAUUGCGAAUGAAGUCAUUGACCUAUGUUUCGGGCAUGAUGAAGGUGGAGGUGCUACGAAUGCGGAACGUCCACCCAACACAUCUACAGAACAUGAAGAGGUUGAAAGUUCGAUAAACCCCGUCCGUGCUUCCACAAGUGUGGAUACAGAUCCAGGUGAUCUUUCGCAAAGCAAACCAAAGCAACCUAUGACGAAGAAGAUGUCAACGUCCCCGUUCCAUGGUGAUUUCAUUCCCAUUUCCGAUGAUGACGAUAUCGAUGUUGAUGUGUGCAGCAACGCAGCUUCUGAAACUAUUGAUGUGGUUGGUUAUGAUGCUCCCUCGACGAAAACUGGAAUUAAAGCCGAGAAGGAAGAAGAGGAGGUAAGUGACAAUUGGGAUGGGAUUUCGACAAAGGUGUGCGUGAAUGGGGUUGACGAUGAGGAUGUCGAUCAGUGCUCGACGGAAGGUGCUCGAUCUUCACUGUUUGCCGACUUCUGCCCUCAAGAGUACGACAUUCUUGAUGCUGUUGACGAAAUGGGUCCGACUGUGCAAUCAGUUUAUUUGUGUGGAGAUGAAGAUAUGAAUCUGGAAUGUCUUGCGGAUGACAAUGACAGUGUUGAUAACCUGUCCACAACCGUUAUGCCGAAGACAUCUACCAGUUCUGGAAGUGCGGAUGGACGUCGUUCAUCCUUAAGAUCAGAAUUUUCAGACGAGUCUGACAUCAAGAGUGAGGAAAACGCCGCUGAGGAUGACGGUAGUAUGCUUCAGUCCACUUGCGACCAACAUCCUAAACACACUGUUUCCGGUGACGGUUUUCAGAAAUCACAAGACAUUUCUGAAGUUCAAGAAGUUCGAGUGACCAACGGCUCACUAGUUGAAGGUAAUAGUGCACAGUCAUACGUCUUGCCAGCACCGCUGGCUAAUUUCUCACCCUUGAAGUACCAAAAUUAUGUGUUGCAACCUUCUGCAGAGAAAUGCCAACAUAUGAAUAAUUCCGAGAGCACUGUUACUUAUGACAAGGCGGACAAGGUGCAGUUGUCUCCUACUAAAGCAGCCUUCGACAGAAUUUUACAGGUUAUACCAUGUCCUCCCUCCUUUCGAGAAGCAUCGCUUUUCUCUACGAGACAACAGAAUUCCAUUAUAUCGCCCUUGAAACGAUCGCGAAACCUGGAUGAAACGCAUGAGCACGCUGCUAAGCGUGGAGUUGGGACUCCUGCUCCUGUCACGUACUCGGGUGCAGCUUUAUCCCCAAUGAAACCGUUCCAGAACUAUCGUUUUCUGUCGCAGUUGAAUGAUCCGCAGUUAAAAGGCAAUGUGUCUGAACACUUUCCAUCGAAGGGUGCGCUGCCCGUUGAACGCAGGCAAAGAUGCGAUGGAAGAACGGAUGAAGGAGGUCGCGAAGACGAAGUUGCUGCCGAAGUUGCAGACGCAACCGCACUUCCGCCACGACUACAAAGGUGCCAGAGGUCGAGGCGUUUACCCGCGCGUUAUCGAGAUGGUGAUUACGUGUGCUUACUCAACGACAGUGAGGGUGGCGAUGAAAGUGCGCCUACUCUGCAGAAGGAAGUUUUCAAAUCAAAUAAUCGAUUGCCAGCGGCUUCCCCUGGUGCUGAUACCUGUCGUGAGAGUGAUGGAUCGAACAAAAUGCAGAUAGCUGAUGAAUGUCUGAGCGACUACAAAGAUCUGUCUUCUAGUCAGUUUAGUCUUAUUGGAACUAGAUGGAAUAAGGUUUUCGCUUCGCUCCGACCUGUAGUUUCUUCGUAUCCGAAGGGAGCGCAGUUUUGCGGCGACUGCGGUUGUGUCUGCACUUCGCUUGAGGCGGCUCGGCGUCACGUUUUGUCACAUAUUCGCCUUGUUCGCUUCGUCUGUAAACUUUGCGGAGUUGGAGCUUUUUUUGCAACUGACCUUCGUACACAUCUCAUGAAUGGUCUUUGUGAAUAUAUUCGCUCAGCACCUCAGAAGUUCAUUCCACUGACUAGUGCGGUUCAGGCCGACUCUCUUUGUAAAGAUGCUGACAAAAAUAAUCCUGGAGGUGUGGUGCUUUUCGAGGGAGAGAGUCAAGUAGUAUCCUCGGAAAACAUAAACGUACACAAGCCUGAUCCGAAAAUCGAAGCUAAAAUCCUGCAGCGUUGCUUUUGA